UCUGUUCGUUUAGUGGAGAAGCAGCAUCAUGCCCGAUCCAGCCAAGACCGCGCCCAAGAAGGGUUCGAAGAAAGCCGUGACCAAGACGGCCGGCAAAGGAGGCAAGAAACGCAGAAAGUCCAGGAAGGAGAGCUACGCCAUCUACGUGUACAAGGUCCUGAAGCAGGUGCACCCUGACACCGGCAUUUCAUCCAAGGCCAUGGGCAUUAUGAACUCCUUCGUGAAUGAUAUUUUUGAGCGCAUCGCCGGUGAGUCUUCUCGUCUGGCUCAUUAUAAUAAGCGCUCCACCAUCACCUCGAGGGAGAUCCAGACCGCCGUGCGCCUGUUGCUUCCCGGCGAGCUGGCCAAGCACGCCGUGUCCGAGGGCACAAAGGCCGUCACCAAGUACACCAGCUCCAAGUGAAGCGCGUUACCGCCGUCUUCAUCAACCCAACGGCUC